UCGAGGAAUCUCCGAACACGCGGCAGGAGUCUUCCUUUUUUGACACGUUACGGAACAUAGACAUGCGGACGGCUUUGCAUCGCCGUCCAGCGACUUGAAAGCACAGUUGUGCUAUUCGAAAGUUCAGAAGACGACGAUUCGCUGUUCUGAUUAUUGAUACUUCAGUCUUUUUCCACUGCUUUAUCCCGUGUCUCCUGAGCCACGGCGUUUCCGCAAGGCGUGGCGCGUCCACGGUUCUGUCAAAGCGUCGCUUUCCACCGGAGCUUCACUUUCGGAUGACCUUUCCUGUUGUCAAAAAGACACUGUGGCUGCGUCGAGCACCCGCAGCCUUCCGGGGAAUUCGCGCUUCAGUGAUUUGGCCGUUGUUUUUUAGAGCGUCGUCUCUCCUGUUAGCGACAGAAGUCUUACAUACACUUCACCUGGUAGCCGUUUGCCUUAUCGUGUUCGGAGGCUCUGCGACAAUCGGCUUCUCCAGCCUCGGGGAUAGUACCAAAAAGCUCACUUUUCCUUUUUCUGGCAAGAUGAAAAGGUCGAAAAAAGCGGCCAAACUACGAGUAAGGAGGGGAACAGAAUCGAGAGGCACGCGUGCGUUCUACUACGGUUCCGCCCUCCCUCAGCGACGGGAUCUUUCUCCCGCUCACUUCUUGGCCAAGGAUUUUCAAAGAGGAGUGACCUUAAAAUUCGCAAAGCAUUUGCAGAAAAGUAUGAAGAAAACACUGGCUCCCAUCUUGUGUCGCGAAGGCAGCGCAUACAGCAGGGGAUUUGCUGGUCUCGGUGAAUGCUCGAGAAAAAAGUCCUACUGAGGUGCAGAUCUGAGAAAGCCUCGACCCCGUCAGUUAUUUGAACGUGGUACCGCGCAAAAAAAGGAACUUGACAUUACUAGAUUUAUACAAGGAAGGAAACCUCACGUGUCUAGAUCGACGGGUACAGAUUAACACACCUAACGAUGAGUUAGGAAAUUCAUGCUGAAAGCAGGAUCAGCUGUUGCGCCAUUGACUGCCCCGACCUGGAGUGAAUUGUUU